UGCUUAGAUUGUUUAGAAACAAAAUUUAAUCUUAUCGGCGCUGCGCGCGUACAUUGUGCGCCAGUGAUAGCUAAUGAGGGAAUCAGAAACACGGAACUUAUCACAAUGCUGCUGCUGGAGCUGAAAAUUCUAACGUUGAACAUUUGGGGUAUUCCAUUUGUCUCCCGUGACCGUGCGCCACGUAUCGAAGCCAUAUGUAAGGAGCUCAGCAGCGGCCAGUUCGACAUCGUGUCCCUGCAGGAGGUAUGGUCACAGCAAGAUAGCGAGCAACUGCAGCAGGGCACGGCAAGUGUAUUGCCGUAUUCCCACUACUUUCACAGCGGUGUCAUGGGUGCCGGGCUGCUGGUGCUCUCCAAGUAUCCAAUUUUGGGCACGCUGUUCCACGCCUGGUCCGUCAACGGCUACUUCCAUCGCAUCCAACACGCCGACUGGUUUGGCGGCAAGGGUGUGGGUCUCUGUCGCAUCCUGUUUGGCGACCAAAUCGUUCACCUCUAUAACGCGCAUCUGCAUGCAGAAUACGACAACGACAAUGAUGAAUACAAGACACAUCGUGUAAUUCAAGCCUUUGACACGGCCCAAUUUAUAGAGGCUACUCGCGGCAACUCGGUGCUCCAAAUAUUGGCGGGUGAUCUCAAUACACAACCUCAAGACAUUUCGUAUAAGGUGCUGCUCUAUACCUCUAAGAUGACAGACAGCUGUGCCUCGGACUCGUUUCGCACCAACGAGUGUGGCAGGAACUCGUACACAUCGAAAAGUGCGCUGGCCAAAAAUCCGCUGGGAAUACGGAUUGACCACAUAUUUGUAAGGGGCGCAGAUCAUAUCAACGCGGAGAUUGUCGAAUAUACUCUACCAUUUCCGGAACGCGUACCUGGCCAAAAGUUCAGCUUCUCGGAUCACGAAGCUGUGCUGGCCAAGUUAAGACUAAUCCGUUUGCCAAAAGAAACCGAAUCAGAUGAAGAGAUAACCGUUAAUACGGAGCAUGUGGAGUGCAAUCUUUUUGAAGAAGUGUGUGCGCUACAGGAUCAGGGCGCCGGGGAUGCGAUUAAAGAAGAUGCUCAUGCCACUGCUUCUGCCACGAACGAGAACAAUAGCUCUUCGAUCAAUGCUCACCACUUGCCUGCUGCACGCACGGCAGCGUUGAACGAGGCACUGGCUCUGUGCGAUGCUUCCUUGCUGCAAUUAAACACCGACCGCUUAUUAUAUUAUAGUGCAGCAACUGUUCUGUUUGUACUGCUAGUUCUGCUCGUUGAGUAUGCACCACCGGUGGGACUAAAGACCAUUUAUCUGUUGCUCAAGUUUAUUGUAUUUGGCGUAAUACUAUUUUGUUUAUUUAUGGCUUCCAUUUGGAACUACAUUGAGCGCAAUGGCGUGCUACAGGGCAAGAAAUCCAUGGAGGUGAUGUUGCAGCAUGCACAGAAAUAUGAUUACUUUUAUUGAUGUAAGCCUUAUGUAUUCCAUAUGACAGUAGGAAGCUCAAAGAGCAUUUAAUAUAUAGCCCAAGAGCUAUGUUUAUACAUCUAUGUAUCUCGAGUAAGCUAAAAAUGUAAGCUCUGCCUCACUCAAUGCAAUAAAGCGGUCUCUGUCCCCUUUUCAAAUUCAAGCAAAAAAUUAAAUUAGUACUUAUAUGCAUCUUAAGUUUAAAAUUUAAGCGCAAUACAUUAAAAUAACUGCUGUCCCUUUUUCAAAUUCAAGUAAGAAUAAACGUUAAGAGAAAGUUCA